UUAAUUUCCAGCUGGCCCAGCCCAAGCUUAAUCCAAGUGUCCAACAAUUCCACUAAUCCACUCACCUGGGGCCUAUUGAAGAACGGAGGGCGAAGAAGAGCCGGCAGCUUGCGACGAGCCGACGAAGACGCUGUGAACUGCGAACACCAGCUGACCUGCGGCCACCAGCCGCGCCGCCGGACGUCAUCGCCCACUCAGCCGUGUUUUCUCUCCGUCUCUCCUCUCUGCCAGUAGCUCCUGAGCUCCAGCCUCUAGGCGACCAGAGUGACUGCAUUGCAGUAGAGUUCAAAUGAAUCCAUUGACAUUAGUAAAGCGUAUCCAGAACAUAAAUGCUAAGGAAGCUGCAUUGGGUUUAUCUGAAGAUGCUUCGUGGCAUGUCAAGUACAAAGAGUCCGCUUAUGUAUUUGUUGGUGGGGUUCCCUUUGACCUCACCGAAGGCGACCUCCUAGCUGUUUUUGCUCAAUAUGGUGAGAUUGUUGAUGUGAAUCUUGUUAGAGAUAAGGGAACAGGAAAGUCUAAAGGCUUUGCUUUCGUUGCAUAUGAGGAUCAGAGAAGUACAAAUCUUGCUGUAGAUAAUCUGAAUGGUGCCCAAAUUCUUGGGCGGAUUAUAAGAGUGGAUCACGCUAGUAAUUAUAAGAAGAAAGAGGAAGAGGAUGAGGAGACAGCAAGAAAGAAAAGAGAAGAAAGAGGUGUAUGUCGUGCCUUUCAGAAGGGUGAAUGCACUAGGGGAGACGGAUGUAAAUUUUCCCAUGAUGAGAAAAGAGCAUCAAACACAGGCUGGGGACAUGAAGAAGAUAGAACUUCAAAAUGGGGACAUCAAGAAGAUAGGCCUUCAACGUGGGGACGUGAGGAAGAUAGACGUUCAAAAUGGAGCCAUCACGAAAAUGCGGGAAAACAGGUAGAUGUGCAGAACUAUGAGCGUAAAAAGAUGGAUUCAGUAGAUAGGCACAGUAGAGGUUUUGAGAAGACGCAAUCAAGACACAAAGAACAUGCGACUGAUGACAGGGGAGAUGACUAUGAUGAACCGAAGUCACCACGAGGUCGUGAUAGUAGGAUGCAUGAAAAAGCGAGGAGGCAUGAUCAUGAUUCAAGAUCAAGGAAACAUGACAAUGAUCAAAGGUCAAGGGAAGAUAAUGGCUAUAGGAGAGAGAGAACAAGAAGACGUGAUUAAAUGUGAUUCUGGAAGGCGGUCAUUGAGGUGCUUGCUACAUAUUAUGAGACAGGAGAUAAAACAUCUCUUUUCACGUUGUGAAGUGAUGAGUGACUCACUGUCUCAUCUCUCCUUGUUUUUCUAUUAGAUAAAACCUAUGCCAGCCUUCUUUUCCACCAUGGUUUCUGCUACAGUCUCUGCUCUUGAAGAAGUUCAGUAUGAAUCUGCAAUCUUGUCUAAUCAUGAUAGGGGCAGCAACUUGUAUGACUUUUUAAUGUAAUUAUUUGACAGCCACCUACUGAACAAUGAAUGAAAUGGCUAACGACCCACAUCUUGAAUUCGCAUUUUCGCAUGUAUGACACUCCCUUCGUCAUGCAAUUUCCUCAAGGCAGCAAUCCACUGAAUUCGAUAAAGCCAUUCAAUCGAUGUCGAGUCGCCGAUCACUUUAGGACCCAACCGUUAACAUUUGUCCGUGACUCUGUGUAGUCGUGUAGGUUCGCUAGUCAAACUACAGUUGAGCAUCAUUAUCACUUUAAUGUUUUCAACGAGGCAAUAGGUUUUGUAAUUUGUAUUGAUUGAGUGCUGAUGCUAUUUAUAUUCUAGCAAGGAAGUUCUAUCUCGAAGAUUUUAGUAGUUAGGAUAUUCGUGCUUUGGAAUUCGAGUUGCAACACUAUGUUCAUGAUGUGAUUCCUGAUACAAAGUUUCAAAUAUCUACACUUGUUGAAUUAUGUGGGGAGUUGACUAAGAGAAGAAGAUCAGAUUCAUAUGCUAUGAGGAGCAGAUUGAUUCGCCUUGUAGUGAUCUUAAUAGUUGCUACUGCAACAGCAGAACGAUUUUCUGCACGAAACUUCUAAAGACAACACGCUGGCACGCCGCAACAAAAUGGCGGAUGACUUUCUUGCAGAUUGCAUGACACUUUAUAUUUAAAGAGCAUUCUCUUAAUAUAGAUGUAGACUUGUCAAAAAACUGUAUUAUUGACGAGUUUUUUGAUUCAAAGCCUCCUCGAGGACAAAUUUAGUUGAGAACUCUUAUAUAUUUUUCUGCUUAUUUUGAAAAUUUUCAAUGUAUUAUCAUUUAAGUGUUUCAGCCCACUCCAACAUGAAAUCCUGGAUCCAC